AUUUAUUUAGAUACACAUAACUUUUCAGACUCUUUGACGAUACUCAUACAAAAGAAAUGUUUGCAACAUCUGUCAACGAAAACAGUUUCAUUCAUUACUAUUGUUCACAAACCAAACAAAGUUAUUCAUUCAAGUUUCUGUCAAAUAACAACAAAGUUUAUUGAUUUACGAUUCUUGAAAUUUUUAAACAAAUGUGUGAUUUAUGUGAUUCUCACGUGUAUAUCUCAAUGUUAUGGUAAUUUAAGUGCGUUUAUGGUGUACGAUUGAGUGCUACAUUCUUAAAAUAACUAUAACUCUACCGCUUUCGUGGCGCACCCGAAUAUAGCAAGAAAAGUUAAGCAGCAAUAAUCACAAAUGCAGAAUAAUCUAGGGAAAAUGAUAACGGAGCAGCUGCGGAAUCCAAAUGAGCUGGACAUCAGCCUCCGGAUGGAGUUUGGACCAUUUGAAACUGUACACAAAUGGAAACGAAUGUCAGAAUGCUAUGAGUUUGUUGGAGCCAGGCGCAGUAAACACACGGCCGUUGCAUACAAAGACGCCAUCUACGUAUUUGGAGGCGACAAUGGCAAGUCGAUGCUAAAUGAUCUCAUCAGGUUCGAUAUCCGGGAGAAGUCCUGGACAAAAACUGGAUGCAUGGGUAUCCCACCAGCACCAAGGUACCAUCAUUCCGCUGUGGUUCAUCGUUCGUCAAUGUUCGUGUUCGGCGGUUACACGGGUGACAUAUUGGCGAACUCCAACCUGACCAAUAAGAACGAUCUCUUCGAGUACAAGUUCCAGAGCGCACAGUGGGUCCAGUGGAAGUUUAGUGGGCAGGAGCCAGUACCUCGGUCAGCACACGGCGCGGCUGUGUAUGACGACAAGCUGUGGAUAUUCGCCGGGUAUGAUGGAAACGCACGACUUAACGACAUGUGGACUAUCAACUUGCUGGGUGAGACGAGGCAAUGGGAGCGAAUAGAACAGAAGGGGCAGUGUCCCCCUACGUGUUGCAACUUCCCCGUGGCGGUGGCACGGGGGAAAAUGUUCGUGUUCAGUGGACAAAGUGGGGCUAAGAUCACUAAUGCACUGUUCCAGUUCGAUUUUGAGACGCAUACAUGGAGUCGUGUAUGUACGGAGCACCUGCUGCGCAGCGCGGGCGGAGCCCCGGCGCGGCGCUACGGGCACGUCAUGGUCGCGCACAGGGCGCAUCUGUACGUGUUCGGGGGCGCCGCCGACAACACGCUGCCUAACGACCUGCAUUGCUACGAUCUAGAUACGCAGAUAUGGUCAGUAAUCCAACCCGCGAACGACUCUCAGAUACCAUCAGGCCGACUGUUCCACGCGGGCGCAGUGGUGGGGGACGCGCUCUAUAUCUUUGGAGGCACUAUAGACAACAACGUCAGGAGCGGGGAUCUAUUCCGGUUUCAGCUGUCAAACUAUCCUCGCUGCACCCUGCACGAUGACUUCGGUCGCAUCCUAAAGUCACAUCAGUUCUGUGACAUACAAAUACUGGUGGGUCCCGAAAAGACGCCCAUUUUGGCCCACCAAGCCAUCUUAGCGGCCCGGUCGCAGUAUCUACGUGCUAAGAUUAAGGAGGCCCGCGACGAGUUGACUCGGCGUAUCGCGGCGGGCGAGGAGGAGGCGAGGGAGGAGUGCUCGUACAAGGCGCCGCCGCAGCUGCGCGUCCUGCUCCCCGAGGCCACGCCCGAGGCCUUCCACAUGGUCCUCAACUACAUCUACACCGACAGGAUCGACCCCACCGAGAAAGACGAGGAGCCGUCGUCCCCGGCGACGGUGCUGCUGGUGAUGGAGGUGCUGCGGCUGGCGCUGCGGCUGGGCGUGCCGCGCCUGCGCGGGCUGUGCGCGCGCUUCCUGCGGGCCAACCUCUGCUACGGGAACGUGCUGCAGGCGCUCGCCGCCGCGCACCGCGCCGCGCUCGCCUGCAUCAAGGAGUACUGUCUCAGGUUUGUAGUGAAAGACUACAACUUCACCCCCAUAGUGAUGUCGAAGGAGUUCGAGGAGAUGGACCAGGGUCUGAUGGUGGAGAUCAUCCGCAGACGACAGCAGCCACAGUCGAAGCAAGCCAACGGGGCCGCGCAACAGGAGUAUGAGGAGGAGAUUAUUGGCACGACCCUGGAGCAGGACAUGUCGGUGCUGCUGGGCGGCGGGGGGGAGCUGGCGGACGUGCGGCUGCGGGUGGGGGGGGCGCAGCGCCCCGCGCACCGCUCCGUGCUGGCGGCGCGGGCCGCCUACUUCGAGGCCAUGUUCCGCUCCUUCUCGCCGCACGACAACAUCGUCAAUAUACAAAUCUGCGACACGGUGCCGUCGGAGGAGGCGUUCGAUUCCCUGCUGCGGUACAUCUAUUACGGAGACACCAACAUGCCCACUGAGGACUCGCUCUACCUAUUCCAAGCCCCUAUAUACUACGGGUUCACGAACAACCGUCUGCAGGUGUUCUGCAAGCACAACCUGCAGAGCAACGUGUCGCCCGACAACGUGCUGGCCAUCCUGCAGGCCGCCGACCGCAUGCGGGCUGCCGACAUCAAGGAGUACGCGCUCAAGAUGAUCGUGCACCAUUUCGGAUUGGUGGCGCGACAGGACGCCAUAAAAAACCUAGCGCAGCCCCUCUUAGUGGACAUAAUAUGGGCGUUGGCUGACGAACCAAACUUCGAUGCCCCCCUCCCGGUCCAACCCAGGUCCUUGCCGUCAUCGUCGUCCGCAGACACCCUCACUGAUGACCCGGAGUUCUACGCCAGAUUCCGAUGUGGGAAGUCAUAAAGGGUAAUACUAUAAUAAUAUAUGUAAAGUUAUAUCAUUGUAAAGUGUUAUAUAAGGGGGAUAUGUAUGGGGCCGUCGGUAGAGGGCGCCCUAGACGGACAUAUACAGACCAGGGGCCUUAGUCUGCUAUUACAAUUGUGUCACAAUGUUCGGUCACUGAGCAGUGCGAGAGGGGCGGAGCUAUGUAGGUUGUAUAGCAGACUAAGGCCCCAGAUUGGCGAUAUAUUAAAGAAGGGCCAAAUUAAAAGUACCUUUAACCGACGUGCAUGCAUGAAACGACUGAUGACUGUUGAUGAAGCGAAAGAGAUGUGUAAGAAUCGUAGCAAUUGACGUUCCAUUGUCUCUGCCUACCCUCCGUGGGGGACAGGCGUGAAUUUGAUUUGAUAGGUAUAAAUACUUAUUUUAAAACAGCCAACAAUAUGAAUAUCAAAAAUAAACCUUAUUUCUAUUUGCAUAACAUAAUAUUUUAUAUAACAGUUGUAUCAAUUUUUUACAACACUGAAGAAGGCCAAUCUCGUCGCCAGAUACAAUUGCACUAUUGUCAAGUGCCAAUUCUAUACUAAAAAGAUAUCGACUGACUUUAUGUCUAUGACAUUACGGUUGAAAUUCCAAUAAAAAUCAUUACGUUUUAUGAGAAAGUACAUCAACUUAGCUGUACAUUGAAAAUUGUACUUUAACGUUUUAAUCUUACGGUUUAAAACAAUUUGUCUAACAUUACCUACCUCUGUUGAGCAUCGAAUAACAGCUUAAUUAAAACAGUUAGUUAAGUAUAUUUUAUAUUUCAUUAUACAAAUAAUAUAAUCUCAAUAAAUCGAUUAAUCUCUUAAAAUCUCGAUUUAUAAGAGUAAGAUAAAUAGAAAAUGUUUUAUACAUUAAGAUCUAUCUUUUUUAUUGCGUAAUAUUGUAUUUAUGUACCUAAUUUUAUGAUGUAAAUACAAUCACCCAAAUUAUGCAAAUCUUCUUAUUAAUAAAAAUUUACUUCUGUUCGUUCGUUCGACUAAAGACUAACGAAUAGAAGUUCGCUGGCUGGUUCGGCUGGACCUAUUUGGCUAGUUUUAGCUUUAAAUUAUUUAUGAAAGUCCAGGGAAGGUUUAAAAGGCGAGAAAAAAAUAUUGGGGCGGUACGAAGUUUGCCGGGCCAGCUAGUAAGAAAAUAACGAUUGAUUCAGAAAUCCUUAACGAAAUAAAUACAUAUAGUAUUAAUAUAAUGAAAAGCACAACAACUAACGAGUGAUCUAAGAUAAACCAAUGAAUUAGUUUAUAGCUUUAUAAAUAUUUUUAUACAUGUAUAACUAUUAUGGCAUCAUACAUUAUUGUAUGUACGUCAUAAGUAUAAUUAAUUUAGUGUGUACUAAAAUAGAUAAUGAUCAUGCGAGGAUCACAUUAUUGUAUUACGGGUACGCACGACCGGUUUCGAGCUCACUCGUAGCCCUUACUGUGUAUACAGUAACCGUUUAUUACUGUGAUUGUAUGAAUUCUCCUAUUAAAUGGGAUAAUGUAUGUAUGGGGCAAGAAUUGCUGAUUUGUUUUUGUUUGGAUUUAGUAAAUGUUUUAUGGCAUAUGGCAUUCAUAGUCCAUAAUAAUCAUAAUCCAUCAGAAACGCAGGCGAAUCCGCGGGCAGAAGCUAGUAUUUGUAUAUGUGAUGGUUGUUAAUUGGUGCUUGAAGUAUGAUGCAUAUAAUUAUUAUGAGUAAUGUUUUCUUAUAAGUUUUUUAAAGAUCUGACUGCCAUUCAUUUUGUGUCAAUUAAAUUAGCCACAAAAGUAUGUAUUUGUCUUGUAUUGCAUUGUUUUCGAUGAUUUUAAUGUUUUCUUAUGAAAUUAAAUUAAAAAAGAAUAUAUUCUAAAUAUAUUAUGUAAGUAAAUGUCAUUAAUUUGAAUAAGUAAUUAGAUGUGUAGUAUUUACUUGUUAUAAAAAGUUGUAAUGCACUUGUUUCGAAUAUUUAGAUAUUUUGAAGUUUUACUGCUAAUUCCAAUAACCAAUCUUAAUUCAAAAUGUUUCAGAUCGAUCUUAAUUUUUGAAAGAUACUACUAGUUCUAUAGAUAGAACUAAAUUAAUUAUUAUGUUAUCAGCUUACUCAAGAGGAACUCUACAAGUUUUAAGCCAUGCUAGAGGCUCAUAUUUGCUGUAGAAUAGGAAGUAAGCCGAUAUCAUAAUAAUUAAUUCAGUAUGUCUCAAUAAAGCUAUGAUAAAAAUCUGAACUAAUGUCAAAAAUCCAUCUUAAUCUAAAGAUUUUGUAUUGAGGCAGGUUCUUGAAAAUGGCAGUAAUUGAACAAUGUAAAUAUUGAUUAUGAACUAAUUUUUUAAACCUAGAUAUGUUUAGAAAAUAAAUUGUAUCACAAAAGUAUUUUGGUGCAAAAAUUUUAUGUUUUUAAUAAAAUUAAUCAAGUUAUUGUAAUCCACUAUUAAUCUAGUCAUCUUUAUGAAUUAAAUGAAAACAGAUGUAACUUGACAUAAUCAAUUUAAUCAAGUAAAAUUAACAAUUAUCUAAUAAAUUAAAUCCUGAUAAUA